AUGAGUCGGCAGUUCCCUCAUUCCAGCGCUCCGCUUCGGUCGGUAAAAGAGGUACAGUUUGGUCUCUUAUCUCCUGAAGAAGUACGGGCGAUAUCCGUGGCUAAAAUAGAGUAUCCAGAAACCAUGGAUCAGGCCACUAAAAGACCCAGAGAAGGUGGUUUGAACGACCCCAGACUAGGAUCCAUUGAUAGAAACUUCAAAUGUCAGACUUGUGGCGAAGACAUGGCAGAAUGCCCCGGUCAUUUUGGACACAUCGAAUUGGCCAAACCAGUGUUCCACAUUGGUUUCAUAGCAAAAAUCAAGAAGGUUUGCGAGUGUGUUUGUAUGCAUUGCGGUAAGUUGUUGCUUGAUGAAAGCAAUCCAGCCAUGGCUCAGGCUAUCAGAAUUAGAGACCCCAAAAAACGGUUCAAUGCAGUGUGGAAUUUGUGUAAAGGUAAGAUGAUCUGUGAGGCAGACGUUUUGCAAGAUGACGGAGAAGGCAAUGAACCCAAGCGUACCUCCAGGGGAGGAUGUGGUCACACACAGCCAGUUGUCCGUAAAGACGGCCUCAAGUUGUGGGGAACCUGGAAACAGAAUAAAAACUACGACGAAACAGAACAGCCAGAACGUCGUCUUUUGACUCCAUCAGAGAUCUUGAAUGUUUUCAAGCAUAUCAACAGCGAAGACUGUGUGAGACUUGGAUUCAACGAAGACUAUGCAAGACCAGAAUGGAUGUUGAUUACUGUACUCCCUGUUCCACCCCCUCCGGUGCGUCCAUCGAUUGCUUUCAACGAUACUGCUAGAGGUGAGGACGAUUUGACUUUCAAAUUGGCAGACGUAAUCAAAGCGAAUAUCAAUGUGCAGAGAUUGGAACUUGACGGUUCCCCACAGCACGUCAUCAGUGAAUUUGAAGCUCUUCUUCAGUUUCACGUUGCAACUUAUAUGGAUAAUGACAUUGCAGGUCAGCCCGCAGGCGCUUCAAAAAACUGGCCGUCCGAUCAAAUCCAUUAG